AUGACGUCGUCGGAGAUGUCGCUUCCCAUUAAGCUUAAUGGGACUUGGACAGCUGCUGGCUUGCCUCUCGGUAGCGAUUAUCAAGGAGGGGAAGAGAGAGCGCCUCUCCAGUCCUUCUGCCUUCAGACAGGCUCUGAUCCUGCGGCGAGGCAUGAUCUGUAUCAGCCCAACCUGACUGCCGGGCCUUUCCCCGAUGAAGCCCGACGGCUUCCGGAACUUCGGCCUAGCCACCGUGCCCUCUGGUUCAGGAUGGAUUGUCGCGGGACCCUGAAGGGCGACAUGUUGGACGGCGUGAAGGACUCCUGCGUGAGCCCGGUGUCUGUGGCCCUCUCAAAGGUCCGGAAGGCACUUCAGGUGUUCUGGAACAAGAAUGGCCUCUUGACGCUCUCCUUGCUUUCGGUGGUCACUGGAUGCCUCUUGGGCUUCCUGCUGAGGACACUGGAGUUGUCUGAUUUGGAGAAGCAGUACUUCUCUUUCCCAGGAGAGCUGCUGAUGAGGAUGUUAAAGAUGCUCAUCUUGCCACUGAUCACCUCCAGCUUGAUGUCUGGCCUGGCCACCAUGGAUGCCCGAGUCUGUGGGAAGAUGGGGAUCAUCACACUCACGUACUACCUCUGGACGACCUUCCUGGCUGUCACCAUUGGGAUCAUCCUGGUGACCAGCAUCCACCCGGGGGCUGCUGCCCAGAAGGAGGAGUACACAGUCAGCAAGGUGGUGCUUAGCUCGGCAGAUGCUUUGCUGGACCUGAUCAGAAAUAUGUUCCCUUCCAAUCUCAUCGAAGCUUCGUUCCAGCAGUACCGAACAGUCCUGGUCCCGGUAUUGAAGGUCCCGGGAUCCGCAAAGAUCCCUCUGAAGUCUCUGAGUUACGUGUAUUUUGCGCCGGACGCCGAAAACCCCAAGAUCCAGCAGCCUGUGCUACUCGAGAUCACGCCGUCUCCAGAAAUGACGUACCAGACCGUCCCUGGCACCAACAGCGAGAUGAACGUCCUGGGAAUCGUGAUCUUCUCAGCCACACUCGGCCUCCUCCUGGGGAAGAUGGGAGACCGCGGGACCCCCCUUGUCAACGUGUGCCAGUGCCUGAACGAGGCAGUGAUGAAAAUUGUCUCCAUGGCUGUCUGGUACUUCCCUUUUGGCAUCGUCUUUCUGAUUGCUGGGAAGAUCUUGGAGAUGGAAGACCCCAUCAUGAUUGGGAGGAAACUGGGCCUCUACGCCCUGACGGUGAUGACCGGGCUGGCUAUCCACGGCUUUGUCUUCUUGCCCAUCCUGUUUGCGGUCAUCACCAGGAAGAACCCCUUCCCCUUCAUCCGGGGGAUGCUGCAAGCCCUGCUGAUUGCCCUGGCGACCUCCUCCAGCUCAGCCACGCUGCCCAUCACCUUGAAGUGUCUUCUCGAAAACAACGGCAUCGACAGGCGGGUGGCCAGGUUCGUCCUCCCGGUUGGGGCCACCAUCAACAUGGACGGGACAGCCCUCUAUGAGGCGGUGGCUGCCAUCUUCAUAGCCCAAGUCAAUGAAUUCGACUUGGACUUGGGGCAGAUCAUAACCAUCAGCAUCACAGCCACGGCAGCGAGCAUCGGGGCGGCCGGGAUCCCUCAGUCGGGGCUCGUCACAAUGGUCAUCGUUUUAACCUCUGUCGGCCUUCCCACUGAAGAUAUCACUCUGAUCAUCGCCGUGGACUGGGCCUUGGAUCGAUUGCGCACCAUGACCAACGUCCUUGGCGACGCUCUGGCAGCAGGAAUCAUAGCCCACAUCUGCCGGGAAGAUUUUGCUCCACGGUCACCCAAAGGCUCUGGAAGCAGCAAAGACAAGCCAAUCCUGGCUGAGGCAAUCCUGACCUAUCCCAAAGACCACGUCUUGGAGAUCAUGGAAGAGGUCUUACUGGAACAGACGGGCAUCAAUUACAACAUCUGCCAGGUGUGA